AUGGCUGCGGCCGCGGUUUCGACAUUCUCCCCAUUAGGGUGGGCAGAAGGCGCAUACCGAUGGACGUCAAUCCAGCAAUCGACGACUGGCUGGGCUGAGGAUGAUGUGCGCAUCCGCUUGCGCUUGAUCGCUCGCGCUUGGGAAUUCGCUUCACACAAUGCUCAGAUUUCAUCCCAUCGUCAACCUCUCAAAACCACAUGCACCAUUUCAACUCCGUUGAAAGCACCAGAAUGCGGCCCGCGAUGGUUGCGACGAUUUGAGCCGCCCUCGGAACCGUCUGAGCCGUUAGAGCAUGUCAUGGACCCGACAAAUACUGGUGGUCUUACAAGUCGACGACCAUCGGACUCUUCCUUCUUCACCCAUCCCCAGUCUUUGAACACUGAACAGCGACAACGGCGUAACGGCAACGCCAUAUUCAGCGAUCCCACACAUAACUUUCUCAUUGACUUUGGCUCCGAGGAAGGAUUCAUGCAAGCAGCGAAGAAGAAGAAGAAGGCGCCAGCCAAGGCUCCGGCCGCCAACAAUAAUAACAACGAUGACGACGGCUCGAAGAAAGAGGACGAAGGCGCUGGCGAUGGAGGCGAUCAAGGCGGUGACGCAGGUAACGACGGUGGUGCCGCGGGCGACGGCGAUGCGGGCGACAAGGAGACAUCACCACCGGCAGACGAUCCGCCCCCAGAAGAUGACUGGGGCCUCACAGCCACGAAGUCUAAGAAAAAGGGUAAAAAGGGCGACGAAGCGGCACCUGAUUCGUUCGAUGAAAUCAAACUGGACGACAUUAGCGGCGGCAACGAAACGCUCGACAUCAAUUUCGGCACAACGGACACCAAGAAGUCAGGGUUUAAUUGGGGUUUGGGUACAAAUUGGACAACAGGCACGGGUCUAGGGAACACGUGGGAUUGGUCUGGAGCUAACAAGAAUGCAGCCGCGACCACGCCAGCAGAACCAAAGGAAGAGAUUGAUUCGAAUCCGUGGGGCAUUAACCGCGGGAAGCCGAAGAAGAAAAGCACGACGCUCGGGUUCAGCUUCGGCGACGAAACACCCGCUGACCCGGAACCAAUUCCCGACCCACCGCAAGAAGAGGAGAAGAAAGAUGACCACUGGGGCUUCGGCACUGUGACUUCCAAGAAGGACAAGAAGAAGAAGAAGGGCAGUAUCUGGGAUGCGCCGGUGGAAGAGGAGACGGCUCCUGAACUAUCCAAGGAGGAAGCACCUGCAGACGACCCAUGGGGUUCGUGGGGUACCACCACCAAGAAGAAAGGCAAGAAGGAGUCCGAACUAGAUCCGCCCAAAGAGGAGCUGAAGGAUGAUAUCUGGGAUACCUGGGGACUUGGUAAGAAGAAGAAUAAGGAGGAGCCGGUGUCUGAGCCUGUGCCUGAGCCGGUUCCCGAUCCGCCAGCUGCCCAAGAGGAUCCUUGGAGUUGGGGAACAUCAUCGGGAAAGAAGAAGAAAAAAGGCCUAGUCGACCCGGAACCAGAUCCCCUACCGUCGGUGGAACCCGAACCGGAACCCGCGCCAGCGCCGGAGCCGGAGCCGGAGCCGGAGCCUGUCGAUCCUUUCGCGGGCAUGACCAAUUCACAGAAGAAAAAGAAGAAGAAGGAGAUGGCCGCGGCGGCCGCCGCCGCCGAGGUCGAAGCUGCUAAAGCCGCUGAAGCCGCCGCUGCUGCUGAAGCAGAGGCUGCCGCCGCCGCCGCAGCUGAAGAGGCAGUCCGUAAGGAAGAGGAGGAGCGACUAGCAAAGGAGGCUGAAGAACAAGCAGCCAAAGAAGCAGCAGAGGCUGAAGAGGCAGCGAAGGCAGCAGAAGCUGCUAAGGCAGCAGCAGCUGUAGACGACUUUGGAUGGGGUGUCACAACCAAGGCCAGCAAGAAGAAAAAGAAGGGCAAAGCUGACCCAGAGCCCGAACCUGUUCCUCCUCCACCGCCUCCCGUUCCUGAGCCGGAGCCGGAGCCGGAGCCGGAGAAGAAGGACGAUCCAUGGGGCUUCGGUACUUUCACUUCCAAGAAGGACAAAAAGAAGAAGAAGGGACUGCUUGCCGAUCCUGAGCCUCCUAAGGAACCGGAACCUGAACCGGAGCCAGUGCCAGAACCGGAGCCUGAACCGGAACCGGAGAAGCCAGCAGAAGAUGACUUCUGGGCCAGCAUAGGAGGAUCUUCCAAGAAAGACAAGAAGAAGAAGAAGGGCAAGAUUGCCGAUCCCGAGCCGGAACCCAUUCCAGAACCUGCCCCCGACCCCCCUGCUGCUGAUCCAGAGCCAGAACCACCGGUGGAAGACGACUGGGCGAGCUUCGGCCUUUCUGAGAAGGAAAAGAAGAAGAAGAAGAAGGGUAAAGUGGCGGAUCCCGAACCUGAACCGGAGCCUGUACCUGAUCACCCUCCCGAGGAAGCGGAGGCAGAACCAGAAAAGAAGGAAGACGAUGACUUCUGGGCGUCUGCUACUGGUUCGAAAAAGGACAAGAAGAAGAAGAAGGAGCCCGAAGCUGAAAAAUCUAAAGAAGACUCUUGGGGUAUCUGGGGUCUUUCUUCCAAGAAGGAUAAGGAUAAGGAUAAGGAGAAGGAGAAAGAGAAGGAGAAGAAGAAGAAGAGUAAGGAAGCCGACGAACCCAAGGCUGAAGCAGCCGAAGAGGAUGACUGGGCCGGUUUGAGCAAGUCAGACAAGAAGAAGAAGAAGAAAGACGCCAUGGCCCUGGUUGAGUUCGGCGGUGAGGAUGAGGCUACCCCUGCUGAGGAAGCUCCUCCGGCCGCGCCAGACAUUUCAGACCCCCUGGAUGGCGACGGCUUCUUCAGCUCCUGGAACAUCGGUAAGAAGGACAAGAAGAAGAAGGGAGCCGACGCCGAAGGCGCUUCUAUGAAGCCCGAUGCGAUUGAGGAACCUACAGAUGACAUCUGGGGAACCUCCUCUUCCAAGAAGAAAAAGGACAAAUCCAAGAAUGAGCCCAUUGAAGUCGUGGACGAGGAGGCCGACGCGGAUUUCGUACAGCCGGAUUCCGUCGAGGAGACCAAAGACAAAGGCGACGACGAUGACUGGGCCGCCUGGGGAUCCUCCAAGAAGAAGUCUAAGAACCGUAAGGACAUACUUGCCGACCCUCCACCAGAAGCUCCCACACCUCCCUCAUUGGAUAUGGCUGAGCCUGAAGCAGAACCAGAACCUGAGAAAGAAAAAUCCAGCUUUUGGGGAGACAUGACCUCUUCCAAGUCCAAAUCCAAGGAUAAGGACAAGGAAAGGGAGAAGGAGAAGUCCAAGAAAGAGCCCAAGCUGAGCGAGAAGGAGCUCAAGAAGCUCGAGAAAGAAAAGAAGAAGGCAGAGAAGGAAGAGGCAGCGCGAAAAGCACAGGAGGAGGAGGACGCAGCUGCCGCCGCUGCUGAGGAAGCCGCCAAAAAAGAGGAGGAACGCCUUGCCCGGGAAGCAGAGGAAUCGGCAGCAGCCGAGGCCGCUGAGGCGGCGGAGAAGGCGCGAAUCGAGGAGGAGGAAGCUGCAAGAAUUGCGGAAGAGGAGGAGCAGUUCGCUGCCUUGGAGGCCAAGAAGCUCAAAAAGGGCAAGUUGACCAAGAAGGAUCAGGGUAUAUACGACACACUCAAGGCUUCUAUUGACGAACGCGUCGCUGUAACCCAAGCUGCUGCGGAUUCCGAAGCCGCCGAAGCCGCUGCCGCUGCUGAAGCUGAGGAAGCCGCUCGGGUCGAAGAGGAAGAGCGACUGGCCAAGGAGGCCGAAGAAGCUGCUGCUAAGGAAGCCGAGGAGCAGGCGGUGCGUGAGCGUGAGGAAGCUGAAGCGGCCGAAAAGAAGGCGAAGAAAAGCUCCAAAACCGAGAAAGAUUCCAAGUCCAAAUCGAAAUUGAAAGACAAGGAGAAGGAAAAGGAGAGGGAGAAGAAGGAGAAGAAGGAGAAGAAAGACAAAAAAAGCAAAGACAAGGACAAGGAGAAGGACUCGGAGCCGGAGCCGGAGCCGGAACCGGCGCCAGCUGAGGACGUUGACAAGGAGGAUGAGCUGGCCGAUAUCGAGCUGACCGAGGACCAAAUCGAAGAGCUCCUGGCUGAUCCUGAGCCUGCUGAAGCUGCUCCUCCUCCGCCACCCCUGGCGCCUGAACCCAAGCCAUCCAACGAUGCGUUUAGUUUCUGGGGCGUUGGCACUAAGAAACCUAAGAAAGGUCUAGAAGGUGCGAAUCUCGGCUGGAAUGACACGACUACCUCAUCCGCCAUAAACAACGAAGCCCCGACCUGGAUGCAAUCGUCUACGGCUCGUAAGGGCAAAGGAACCAAGAUUACUGACAGAUUAAAAGCUUUUGAGUCGAUCCCGCCGCCAGAAGACGAACCCGAGCCUGUUGUAGAGGAACCUGCUCCUGAGGAGCCAGCACCAGAAGAGGCGACCCCGGAGGACCCUCCGCCCGAGGACCCGGAACCCUCACCACCACCGCCUCCUCCUCCUCCAGUCGCCUUGACGAAGGAGGAGAGGAAGCGGCUGAAGAAGGAGAAGAAGCGUGCCGAAGCUGCACCCGCGCCACCGCCACCGCCACCGCCUGUUGUUGAGGAGCCACAGUUAGUCGACGUUGAAGAACCAGCUGACGAGAACAAGCCUUCGGAGCCACCCGGAGCUUUCCCUAUCGAAGAGGAUGAGAACGAGAUCAUCGAAGUGAUUGAAAUGCCAGUGGAGAAGAAGAAGAAGAAGAAGAGUAAGAAGAAUAGAGACAGGGAUAUUUUCGCUGAGGAAGUCCCUCCUCCACCAGCUCCACCACCUCCUCCGGCCGUCCCUGAAGCUCCUGAAGCCCCUGCGCCUGAAGAAGAACCUGCCGCCGAGGAAGAGCCUAUGUCGCCUCCACCUGAGCCGAAGUCAAGCAAGAAGGACCGGGCUAAGAUCAACCGGGAGGGUUCCUCGUGGGGCAUGUGGUCGGCUUCACCUCGCGAGAAGGAGAGAGACCGCGACCGCGAUCGCGACCGCGAUCGCGACAGAGAGCGGAAGUCCAAGUCAAAAUCUGAGAGACGUGAAAGGAAACACACAUACGUCGACAAGGAGGAAGUGAAGACUUCAUCCAAAGGCUCAAGCUCCGGCAAGGGCGACCAUACCGAGAAAGGCGUUGACACACCAGCACCGGCUCGGCCGAAACUCAUGUCCAUGUUCAGCACCCCGCCCAUUUCCCGGACAACAUCUACCCGGGACCGACGACAUCGGCCGUCUCGUCGCCAUUCGGUCGACGCUACUGGAUUGGUGUCCCCACCUCCAGAGGAUGCGCCUCCAAUGUCUUCCAAAGCCGCCAAAGUCCUCGGUGUCGACAAGUCCAGCAGCAGACACCGCAAGCGUGAUCGUAUUGUGGAUGAAGACAUCGUCAUGGUCGGUGCCAAUGGAGAUGGCGAGGACGUCAGCCCUCCCAAGUCAUCACGUCGACGAUCCAGAUACGCCAAAGACGACGACCUUGUUAUGGUGGACCCCGACGGCCCUUCUGAGCCACCCCCCAUGAAACGAUCCAGCUCAAGUGCCAAAAAGGGCCUGGGGGGCUUGUUCAGUGGUCUCAGAACACCAAAGACAGAGCGUCCGGACCCGUUGCGAAGACGACAUACCUAUGCGACCGAUGAUGAGACCAGACGCGAACGCCGUCAACGGUCUUCUGCCGAUGCGGACGAGGCAGAUCCGGCAGCAAUGACUGAUAUGGACCAAGAGGCUCGUCGCGCUGCCCGUCGUGCUCGUCGUGCAGCCAGGGAUGCCGAAGCUGAGCCUGAAAUUGCCGAGCCGGAUCCCGAAGAGGCACGUCGUGCCGCCAAGGAAGAGGCCAGGCGCGAGCGCCGCCGCAGGAGGGAAGAGGAGGAUGCCGAAGGACGGAGGCAACAGGAUAAGGAGCUAAAGCGUGCAGAACGGCGCGCGGCUCGCUCACGCGGACACCGUGACCAACGCGAUGAAGAGGAACGGAGAAUGGCCGAGGAUAGAGAAGCCGAGCGCGUCGAACGGCGAAGAGUUCGAAAAGAGCGUGAAGCCGCCGCUGCGGCGGAGGCUGACGCGGAGGCUAGACGCGCAGCUCGGGAAGAACGCCGACGAGCGCGCGAGGCCCGCGAUCGUGAUGCGGCGCCCAUCGACGAAGAGGAAGUCCGUAGGGCCAGGAAAGAAGCAAGGCGUGCUGCGCGUACCGCAGCCGAAGCGACCGAUGCGGAAGAGAUGUACCACCGUAGCAGCCGAAGACACCGUGAGUCGGGGGAUGAGGUCAUGCACUCAUCGCGACACCGGUACAGACGCAAUGAAGAGUCUAAGCCGGCGUGGCCCCACUCCGGAACUUCAUCCUGGGUUAAGGAGCACACCGAUGCCGGCCCGCCUCCGGAUGACGGGGGACAACAGACAGACGCCAUCCCACAGACCGAGGAUGAGGCUCGCCGCGAGCGCCGCGAGCGCCGUCGUAAGGCCAGGUACGAGGACGGCACCGCUGAUGAAGCCGACGACCGCCGCCGCAGAGCCCGGCGCGAGGAGCGUGAGCGUCGGUACGGUGGCAGUGGAGGCGGCGGCGGCGGCGUCGGCGGCGGCGGCUCCGAAGGGAGCGACGAGCGACGUCGGCAGGCCAUGUUCUCCGACACGACGGCGACGCCGCGGAGUAGCUGGUGGAGGAAGCUGACUGGCUGA